CAAAAAAAAAAAAAUACAACCCACUCAAAACAUUGAAUUAAUGCGCCAAAAAAACGGUGGUUGUUUUCAAACUGUACGGUUACGACAAGAAGAGUGCGACUUGAAAAACAAAUGACACGGGAGUUUGUCUCAUCUCCAAUAUCAUCAACGUCUCGGUAGUCCGUGUGAGUGUGUGUGUGUGUGUGUGAACGUGUGUAUCUGUGCUAGCGGUGGACAAAAAGGAACAAAUCAAGACAACGAACAUUCAAGACGGUUCUCCCACCCACUCAAUCUCAAAUAUAUGAUAAAUUGUAGUAAUCUUCUAUUUUGAAAACUGAUUCAAAAAAUUGUUUGAUGGCGUGCAAAAAAAGAUAGAUGAAAAAAAGAAAUCUAGAACAAGCACCAAAAAAGAAAAAAAAAACCGACGGAUAUUUUAUUUUAAAAAAGAAUUUAUGUUUCCCCCUUUCUUCACGUAAAUUAGAAAUUUAAAAAAAAAAACCUAAUUUCUUUCACGAGUGGCAAUUGUAUCAUUAUUUUGGGGUGGGGCGGCCCAACAAUAAAUCAGUGCGUGCUAGUGUGACACCGAAGGACAAAAAAAGAAGACAAAAAAAUGAGUUCGUACUACGUGUCUUCUUAUGGAGGAGGCGGCGGAGGCGAUGUGGUUCAAGCCGAGCACUAUCACGCUCCGGCACCUGUUCACGUCAGCGUGGCCACCGGACACGGCAACGUCGUCCACCAUCCCGGUCUGACGGGCAGUUUCGAGUCGGGUCCCUACGAUCCGUCGAGGAUCUACCACAUACAACCGCAACAUCAUAAUCAACAGCAGCAGCAACAACAACAGCAACAGCAUCACCAACAGCAGCAAAUGAGUUGCAAUCAGAAUAAUUACAAUCAACAAGGAUCCUACCCCGGACGCUAUCCACCAGCAUCCGGGUACACGAUCCAUCAACAGCAACAACACGGCAAAGAAGCGGGUGGCUAUUUCGCUUCCGUUGGCCAGCAACAACAACAUCUCCGCUCCCAUCCGCAACAACAGGCCGUCGUCAUCGGUCAAUCAGAAGCCAAUGGAAUUGUCGGUGCGACGCAACAACAACAACAACACCUUUAUCGGCCGGCUUCGCCAAUGAUUAGCGCCAUGGCACCUCAACACGGAUCGCCUCCGCUGGGCAACUACACCGGAGGGGUAGUUGUGGGUCAAAUCACCAAACCUUUGGUGGUCCCUUGCCAAGUGGAGACGUCGUCCUCAACGUCAACGAGUCCGCAAUUAUCGUCGAUACCUUACGGUCACCCGACAUCGUUUCAAGCGCAACAUCAUCGCCAGAUAGUUGCCGGAGUGGCUGGCCAGCAGCAGCAACAACAACAACACCUCCUCAGCCAUCAGCAAUACCUCAUCCAGCAGCAGCAGCAACAGCAUUCCAUCGUCCAGAGCGAUCACCCGGUAACGAGUUACAACAACCUCAACCCGUCGGUAGUUGAGGGCUAUCAGCAGCAUCCGGCCGUCGCUGAUAUGGCCGGCUAUCAGCAGCAACAGCAACCCAAUCAUUCGCCACCAGUCAUGUACAAUAACAAUAGCCGAUGUGCUAGCAAUGGCCAAAUGAGCAACAACAACGCCAACAACAAUUAUAACGGCCAGCAGGUGUGCGGGCACGGUCCGAUGGCUUCAUCGGCCGUGUCGGACGGUCCGGUUAUAGCUGAUCUCGAUCAACUGCAACAGCAGCAGAGACAACAACAACAGCAACAACAACAUCUUUGCUCGGUCAACGGUAAAACGUUGCAUCCGGCGGCUCUGGCCAGCGGAGCGGACAACAGCCAACAACCCAGCCAACUUCUCCUCCAUUCCGCCAUCCAGCAACAACAACAACAACAAGCGGUUGAGUCGGACCAGCAAACAUCUCAGUCACAACAACAACAAUCGUCGCAACGCCACGCGCAACAACUCCUUGUGCCCGUCGGCGUAGGCUUAGUGAUACCCGGCAGUGCGGUCGUUUCCUCCGCUCAAGAAAUGACUGGCCAACCGGACGAAAUGGUCCAGCACGGAGGGGAUAUUCACGGAGACCUGCACGGCCACGGCGACGUCAUGAUGGAUCACCACCACCACCUGACCAUCGACCUCCAUCAAGAACACAGUCCGCUAGAUGGCAGCGAUCAUAUGCCUCCAUUAGACAUGGACGGCGAAUCGCCGCCCGGUUCCCUUCACGACAGUCCUCUCUAUCCGUGGAUGCGCAGCCAAUUCGCGGAGCGCAAGAGAGGCCGACAGACGUACACGCGAUUCCAAACGCUGGAACUGGAGAAGGAAUUCCACUUUAAUCGCUACCUGACGAGACGGCGACGGAUCGAGAUCGCUCACGCACUUUGCCUGACGGAACGCCAAAUCAAAAUCUGGUUCCAAAAUCGGCGGAUGAAAUGGAAGAAGGAGAACAAAGCCAAGUUGGAUGCCGGAUGCCUGGAAGGACUGUUGGUCGAGCACGUCCUGUCUAUGCCGCAGUAGAAAUCAACAUGGUAGUUACUUGACCAAAAAAAAAAAAAGAAA